CAUAGAUCUGCUGGUUUGUUUAGCUUUUUGUUUGGUAAUCGUGCUGUACAUAGUUAAAGUAAGUCUAUUUAUACUUUAUUUGGCCGGAAUAUUAGUUGAAUCUUAUACGAAGAAUUCGAAUUCUUACAGAUUUACAUUUGUACAUUAAUGUAUAUACUAUGACAUUAAACUAUUGUAUAGAUCAACCAUAAUCUUAAAUACAUCUAGUGAUUCACUACAAUUAGCAAGUCAAUCUGUUAGCUAUUAGCUGGUCUAGACAAAGUCGUGCGAGAAACAGAUGCAAUAAUGAUAAGCAGGCAAAAAAUACUACACGAAGCUUCCCGUAUAGUCAGCACAACAGCAAAUACUAUAAUACAAUAGUUGCUAAGUCUUUCUGUUAUCAAUAAAGUAUAACACAGACCAAUAAUACUAAAAUACUUCAAUUCUUUCUUAACUCAUAGAAUAAUAUAGAAUAAAUAAUCGUAUAAAUAAUGUCACAUUCAUCAAGAAAGAAAUUACUAUUGAUGGGCCGGUCUGGUUCCGGUAAAUCCUCUAUGAGAUCAAUGAUAUUCUCCAAUUAUAGUGCUUUUGAUACAAGAAGAUUAGGUGCAACUAUUGAUGUUGAACAUAGUCAUUUAAGAUUCUUAGGAAAUAUGACUUUAAAUUUAUGGGAUUGUGGUGGUCAAGAUGUUUUUAUGGAUAAUUAUUUUACUAAUCAAAAGGAUCAUAUAUUUAAAAUGGUUCAAGUAUUAAUUCAUGUUUUUGAUGUUGAAUCAAAAUCAAUUAAUAAAGAUAUUGAAAUAUUUAUAAAAGCAUUAACAAAUUUACAAAAAUAUAGUCCAGGAGCUAAAAUCUUUGUAUUAUUACAUAAAAUGGAUUUAGUUCAAAUUGAUAAACGUGAAGAAUUAUUCACUAUAAUGAUGGAUAAAUUACAAAAAAUUUCUAAUCCAUAUCAAUUCAAAUUAAUUGGAUUUCCUACUUCAAUAUGGGAUGAAAGUUUAUACAAAGCAUGGUCUCAAAUAGUUUGUUCAUUAAUUCCUAAUAUGAACUUGUUGAAUAAUAAUCUUUUAAAAUUAAAUCAAAUACUUGACUCUGAAGAAAUCAUAUUAUUUGAGAAGUCUACCUUUUUGGUAAUAUCAUCAACAGCAAGUAUUCAACAAAAUCAAGAUGCAGUUGAAAAUAAUGGAGGUCAAUUGGCUCCACCAUUAUCUACACAAGAAGAAUUAGAUCCUAAACGAUUUGCAAAAAUUUCUAGUAUAAUAAAGACAUAUAAACAAUCUAUAUCUAAAUUAAGAUCUAAUUUUAGUAAUUUAAUUAUAAGAGGAAGUAAUGGAGCACAUUUUUAUAUUGAUAUAUUAACUGAUAAUAUGUUUAUAAUGAUAGUUUUAAGAGAUAAAGAUUCAAGUCAACCAGAAGGUCAACCACAACAUGAAGAAUUAUUGAUUUUAAAUAAUAUUAAAUCGGCUAGAAAAUGGUUUGAAAAGAUUGAAAACUCCGGCGGGGUGUAACCAUUAAAUGUAUGUAUGUAUGUAUGAAUAAAAUAAUUAAUAGUUAAUAAUUAAUAAAAUAAUUAAUUUACUUAGUACUUAGGAUUUUCGGAGAUAACGUAAUACUUCUAAACAUAGCCGUUUGUUAUUUUUCUGUUGUUUCCUCCACGUGAUACGUAAACGACGCGCAAUAGAUCUCGUAUAAAUAUAUUUCUAUACGCUGGAAAAUUUUAUAAUAGAAAGAUUAAAUAGAGGU